GAAAAAUUGGAAUCGCUUGGUUGAGUGCUCUCCGCCAUAUAAAAUCCCUUUGCGCACUCCACCUUCAGAGUUUUUCUUUCUUCCUCUCUUCUCUCUUCAUCUCCACUCUGUCUUUUCCACUCUCUCUUUCUUGUUCUCCUUUUCCUAUCUCUUAUAGAUUCUUCUUCUGCAUUUCCUUUGCAAAACACAGGAAUAGAGAUCUAGAGAACCAUAGAAGUCCGGCUUUUUCUUUCUUCGCUAUCACUUCGGCGACGCGAGUUGCUCUGAAGAGAGAAGAAAAAAGUUUUCCUUGCGAUCAGAGAAAAAGAUACCCAGCCCUUUUUUUUUCUUUUAUUUAAUCUAAUAUCCCUUUUAUUUCUUUCAAAAAAAAGUUUUCGACUUCUUUCAAAAAUGCCUGCUGUCGAUUCCGUCAACGAAUCCGCCCAGUCGGUCACCGUCCUCGAGGAACUCCUCAAGUCUCUCUCCGUCUCAAAGAACGAGGCUGAGACCAGAGCUGCGGCUAACAAUAUCGCCUCUCUUUUGAACGGCCCUACAGAUGAACAGGCUCUUCCAGUCAAGUAAGUAAUUUGUUUGCUUUUCUUUCUUUUUGGGUCCCCCGUCUUUCCAGCCGGUCCUGACCAUCUUCAUCGUAGGGCUGUCGAGUCCCUCAAAAAGCAGCUGGCCAACAAGAAAGAUGCUACUGCCCGCGAAAAGGCCCUCGAUGCCAUCUUGGCCAUCGCCAACCACUCCACAGUUUCUCCCGCUGUCGAGCCAUACCUCCUCUCUCUCCUUGGUCCUACCUUGGUGGCCGUCAGCGACAAGAUGACAUCUGUCAAGAACCUUGCCCAGAGCGCUGCCAUCGCCAUCGUCAAGUCCAUCAACCCCAACGCCGUCAAGGCUGCUCUUCCUGCCAUCAUCAACUCUCUUCAGAACGCUCUCAAGUGGGCUGAGAAGAUCACCGCCCUUCAGUGCAUCGAGUCUCUCGUCGAGACUGCCCCCGUUCAGCUCUCCUACCGUGUGCCAGACUUGAUCCCAGUCGUCUCCGAGUCGAUGUGGGAUACCAAGCCCGAAGUUAAGAAGGCGGCUUACGGCACGAUGGAGAAGGUCUGCGGCCUUAUCGUCAACAAAGAUAUCGAGCGAUUCAUUCCCGAGCUCAUCAAGUGUAUCUCCAAGCCAGAGAACGUCCCAGAGACCGUUCACCUGUUGGGUGCCACUACUUUCGUCACUGACGUGCAUGAGCCCACUCUUGCUAUCAUGGUUCCUCUGCUCGAUCGUGGUCUCGCUGAGCGUGAGACUGCCAUCAAGCGUAAAUCCGCCGUCAUUGUCGACAACAUGUGCAAGCUCGUCGAGGAUCCCCAGAUCGUCGCUGCUUUCUUGCCCAAGCUCAUGCCCGCUCUCAACAAGAACUUCGAUACCCUUGCCGAUCCCGAGGCUCGUGGAAAGACCAAGCAGGCUCUCGACACCUUGAUCCGUGUUGGUGAUGUCAAGGAUGGCAAGAUCCCCGAGGUUUCUACUGCCGGUGAUAUCGCCACCGUCUCCGCUAUCUUGAAGGAGAUCCUCGAGCCUCAGCACAAGGCCUCUAUCCCCAAGUUCCAAGCUACUAUCGAAUACAUUGCUGCCAUCGCUGGUCAGCUCAUUGACGAGAAGGUUUCUGAUGUCGCCAGCUGGACUGAGAACACCCUUGCCUACCUCGGUGCCAUCGUCGGUGAGGAUUCUGCCAAGCCGAUCGCCGAGACUCUCCGCAAGCGUGCCUCUCCCGGUGCCGCCGAGGAGGUCGAGGUUGAGGAAGACGAAGAGGAGGGCGAAGACCUCUGCAACUGCACAUUCAACUUGGCCUACGGUGCCAAGAUCCUCCUUAACCAAACCCACCUCCGCCUCAAGCGCGGCCAGCGCUACGGUCUUCUGGGCCCCAACGGUUCCGGAAAAUCCACUCUCAUGCGCGCCAUCAACAACGAACAGGUUGAGGGUUUCCCCAAGAAGGAUGAAGUGAAGACUGUGUUCGUCGAGCACGACCUCGAUGCCGCCGACACCGAGCAGACCGUCAUUGGCUGGACUCAGAAGAAGCUUGCCGACGUCGGCAUCACUACCCCUCGCGAAGAGAUCGAGGCCAAGCUGCUCGAGUUCGGUUUCCUCCAAGAGCAAUUCGAGAACCCCAUCACUUCUCUUUCCGGCGGUUGGAAGAUGAAGCUCGCUCUUGCCCGUGCUGUGUUCGAGAGCCCUGACAUCCUGCUCCUCGACGAACCCACCAACCAUCUCGACGUGAAGAACGUUGCCUGGCUCGAACAGUACCUCAUCAACUCGCCUUGCACGUCCAUCAUCGUCUCUCACGACAGUGGAUUCCUGAACAACGUCAUCCAGCACGUCAUCCACUACGAGCGCUUCAAGCUCCGCCGCUACCGCGGUAACCUCACCGAAUUCGUCAAGAAGCUCCCCUCUGCCCGAUCUUACUUCGAUCUCGAUGCCUCCGAGAUGGAGUUCAAGUUCCCCGAGCCCGGCUUCCUCGAAGGUGUCAAGACAAAGGCCAAAGCCAUCGUCCGUGUGACAAACAUGUCGUUCCAAUACCCCGGAACGUCCAAGCCCCAACUCACGGACAUCACCUUCCAGUGCUCUCUCGGUUCCCGGAUUGCCGUCAUCGGUCCCAACGGUGCCGGUAAAUCCACCCUGGUCAAUAUCUUGACUGGUGAACUCAUCCCAACCUCUGGUGACAUUUACCAGCAUGAGAACAUUCGUAUCGCGUACAUCAAGCAGCACGCGUUCGCGCAUAUCGAUAACCAUUUGGACAAGACCCCCUCCGAAUACAUCCAAUGGCGUUUCCAGACUGGUGAGGACCGUGAAACCAUGGACCGAGCCAACAAGAUCGUCACGGAAGAGGACGAGAAGGCCAUGGACAAGAUCUACAAGAUCGAAGGCUCUUCUCGUCGCAUCAUCGGUAUCCACGCGCGCCGCAAGUUCAAGAACUCGUACGAGUACGAAUGUUCUUUCACCCUCGGCGAGAACAUUGGCCAGAAGAAUGAGAAAUGGACCCCAAUGAUGACCGCUGACAACGCCUGGAUUCCACGCACGGAACUUCUCGCUACCCACGCCAAGAUGGUGGCUGAAGUCGAUCAGAAGGAAGCCCUCGCCAGCGGUCAGUUCCGUCCCCUUAUCCGCAAGGAAAUCGAGGCUCACUGUGCCAAUUUCGGUCUCGAUGCUGAGCUGGUUUCUCACUCCCGCAUGCGCGGUUUGUCCGGCGGUCAGCGUGUCAAGGUCGUCCUUGCUGCCUGCUCUUGGCAGCGUCCUCACUUGAUCGUCCUUGACGAGCCGACCAACUACCUGGACCGUGACUCCCUUGGUGCCCUGUCAAAGGCUCUCAAGAGCUUCGAGGGUGGUGUGAUCAUCAUCACCCACUCCAAGGAGUUCACAGAGAACCUCACCAGCGAGGUCUGGGCGGUAUUGGACGGAAAGAUGACCCCAUCCGGUCACAACUGGGUGCAAGGUCAGGGGUCUGGUCCUCGUCUCACGGAGAAAGACGACGACGAGGAGAAGUUCGACGCCAUGGGCAACAAGAUCGUGGGUGGUGGCAAGAAGAAGAAGCUCACUUCUUCUGAGCUCCGUAAGAAGAAGAAGGAGAGAAUGGCUCGACGCAAGCGUGGCGAGGAAGUUUUCUCCGAUGAGGAUGAUUUUUAAUUGUCUUUGUCGACAGCUUUUUCUUUUCCUUUGAUAAUGAUUCGGUUUUCUUUCCCUUGGGUUUACUGGCCCAUUUUCCAUUUUUUGCAUUUCUUUUCGGAUAGAUAACCCACACUAGACAGUUGUCUUUCUGGAGGUCAUUUUGAACGUCUUCUGUUUUCCAUGUUGCGAUGUUUACGACUUUCCUUUGCAAUAUUUUGGCGUUGGAUGGAAAAGGCUUAUUGAUUUCCAAGGUUAAUACCAGUUCGCCUGUCAUGUUCAUGUUAAUUCCUACGGAUAGACCAAAAUUAGAUUUCUGUCUUGGUUCUCUUAAAAGGAUUAUUAUUUCUAUUUCACCUCUAGCCAUACACUUGAAGCAAUGCCCACACGGUCAU